AUGCGUUUCCGUACGGUCAGCUUGGCUGCUUUGGUCGGCGCUGUCAUGGCACCGGCUGUCAAGGCACACAUGAUCAUGGCGCAGCCAGUCCCCUAUGGGAUCGACACUCUGAACAACAGUCCCCUCGAAGGCGACUAUCCUUGCAAGCAGCGCGCCGGCGUCUACGAUAUUAGCAAGAUGAACUUCAUGGAAGUCGGCAAGCCGCAGAUGCUUUCCUUCACCGGCACUGCUGUCCACGGCGGCGGCUCAUGCCAAAUCAGCGUCUCACUGGACAAGCAGCCCACCGCGUCAUCCGUCUUCAAGGUUGUCCACACGAUUGAGGGAGACUGCCCUGGUGUGAACGGCGGGCCCGAUACCUUCAACUUCCAGCUCCCUCAGGGCUUCCCCAACGGCGAGUUCGCACUGGCCUGGACCUGGUUCAACAAGAUCGGAAACCGCGAGAUGUACAUGAACUGCGCGCCCAUCACUGUCACCGGCGGCGCCGACAACAAGGACGUGUACAACGGACUGCCCGACAUGCAGCUCGCCAACAUCCCCCAGACGACCUGCAAAACCGUUGAUAGCACCGUUCCCCUCCUCCCCAACCCAGGCGACUCCGUCGACAAGCGUGGAGACGGGCCUUUCCAGGACAUGCAGGGCGACUGCGGCGCUCCCACCAAGACGCAGCCGCAAAUGGGCGGCAGCUCUGGCAACGGCCACGACAGCCCGUCCUCCGAUCAACCUCCUGUAAUUCCUUCGUCACCUCCUUCGCCGUCUCCAACUUCAACGAGCAUGCCGACUCCCGAACCCUCUACACCUGUCGAAAGUGCUCCGGCAGCUGCUAAGCCCUCGACUUCUGCUGGCGGUAGCAGCAAUGCUGGUUGUGCCGAGGAUGGCGCAAUGGUCUGCAAUGGAGCCAGUCAAUUCGGCAUCUGCAGCUUCGGCAAGGUGGUCUGGCAAGACGUCGCUGCCGGAACAAAGUGCGAGGACGGCAAAAUUACUUUCGCGAAGAAGGAGCGCCGUGUCGUCAUGCGCGGCGUUGCUGGACGUGUUAGCUACAACUUUACUUUGGAGUAA